CGCAGCCCUGGUUCAGGAUAGCUAAAGGAACCAGAGUGCCUAGCUAGCAGUAUUUGAGGAGACAAAACAGUCAUACUUUUAUCUACAUAGCUAGUGCCCGUGAAUAUUUCAAUAUGUCAUGUUAGAUUCUUAUUAUUGAGUUUGACUGAAACAGAAGUUCGAUACUGAAAUUUAAGCCACGGCAAGUUAGCUAACGCUGCUAUCUAGUAGUAGUGUCAACAAACUGCAAGUGACUUUACGUUAACGGGUUCAAGUAACCCUGCCCAAAAGCGCGAUGCUGGUAACCGUUUUCUGCUGCCCUAAUGACCGUUCGGAAAUUACAUUUGCUCUCGAUGUGUCUCCAGAGCUUGAACUCAGAGAUUUUGUUGCUCUGUGUGAACUAGAAUCAGGAAUCCCUGCUGGUGAAAUUCAGGUGAACUACUAGCUAGUUAGCUUAGCAUAAACGUGUUAGCAGCUAAGUUAGCUAGCUACAUCUCUCAUUGUUUUUUAUAUCAGCUAAUUCAUAAAAAAUAAAAUAUUGACAUACUUGACAGAACUAGCUAGACGUACUCAAUAAACAGUCAUAAUUAACUUUGUAAUUGGUCGCUAGCUAGCUAACAUUAGUUUACUUAACUACUGACGUAGUUAGCUAGUUAAGCUAGCCAUCUUGCUAGCUAGUAAACUGAGCUAGCAUAGCAUGUGUCAACCGUCAGAGAACAGAACAACAACUUCUACUGACUUAUGUAACGUUACCUGGCUAGCUGUGCAUUGGUUUGCUUGUCACGUUUUGAUUAACAACCUAACUAACAAAUUAAGCUGAUUUGGCCACCAGGCAGCAUUUUAAUUUGUCAUUUUACUUUUCCUCAAGUGUGAAAAGGGAACGCAUUGUUUUUCAUCCUGUGGCCCUUCCCCCUCUCCAGAUCACAUAUGCAGAGCAGCCCCUGAAAGACCUGACCCGUGCUUUAGGGACCUAUGGUCUGAAGGAUGGGGAUGUGGUGGUGCUCAGACAGGUAGAAAGACGGCAACCGCCAGCACAACAAGUAUUCCCAGGUAAAGUUAGUACCAGUGGGCGAGACAGAACAAGUGAGAAAUCUACAGUCUUAACCCUGCACUAAAGCGCUUCAUUCGGUUGGUUCUAUUGUUCCUCAGUCAGUAAUGGCUUUCCAUUUUAUUAGCUCAUCCCAAAUGUCUACCUGGCAUAAUGUCACUCAACCCUCUGUCAUGCUUACACUCUCUCUCCUACCCUCCCUGUCUCCCCUCUCUCUCCUCCAGGACUGCCCCGUAUUGACUUCAGUUCCAUCGCAGUCCCCGGCACCUCUUCUGGUUCCAGUCAACGGUCCACCCAUAGACAGCAGCAACAGGCCCCGACCCCACAGCAGCAGCGCCCUCCACCCCCUGCUGCGCCCCCAUCCCUACUGAGCUCCACCACCUCUCCUCAGGGUCUGGAUGACCCUGCCUUACUGCAGCAGAUGCUCUUAGCCAAUCCACACGAACUGUCGCUGCUCAAGGAGCGCAAUCCGCCAUUGGCUGAGGCCCUGUUGAGUGGAGACCUGGGUGAGUAGAAGUGGUGUUAGCGGGAUAGCAUCAACCCCUAUCUCUGAGUUGAAUAUCUUGUCAUUAUAACAGCUUUUGUUAGGUAUCAACACGACUAAUGGGUCUUAAGUGUUCAACUAGGAGCUCUAACUAUGUUUCUGACUGCCUCCCGUCCCAUAGAGCGUUUCACCAAAGUGCUGUUGGAGCAGCAGCAGGAUCGAGCUCGCAGAGAGCAGGAGAGGAUCCGGCUUCUGACUGCCGACCCAUUUGACAUGGAUGCCCAGGCCAAGAUAGAAGAGGACAUCAGGUACACACACCUACUGUCACACUGCCAAGAGGGGAAAGGGUUUGGGUUGGAGUCAAAGACUGCUUUAGUCAAGGUCUCUUCUGAAAACAAUUAAAAACGUGCUAGUUUACGUAUUGAGUUAUGCCCUCUGUCUGAACUAUUUGAGAGUAUAAGUAUCCAUGUACAUGUGCUUCAAUACAUAAUCAAACACCAUUUGUACUUCAGGCAGCACAACGUUGAGGAGAACAUGACCAUUGCGAUGGAGGAGGCCCCAGAGAGCUUUGGCCAGGUGGUUAUGCUCUACAUCGACUGUAUAGUCAACGGGUACCAUGUGAAGGCUUUUGUUGACUCAGGUAUUGUAUCCUAUUAUUUUCUUCCUCAGUGCAAAAGCAUAGGCAUGUUUGACUAGGGCAGUAGGGAGACUCUUCAGUUAAGGGUUUGUCUGUUUUGUGGUGUCCUGUAUAGUGUGCCUUGGCUAAUUUUGACAUGGCUUUGCUCUCAUGAUGGUAUUUCCACUACUAUUCAGUCUGCCAUAUUUCACAAUUGUCUGUAUUUUACCGCCCAGCUGUAAAUGUUCUCUGCUCCUCCCUCCUGUUUUCAUUAUUUCAUCCACCUGCAUAUAUUCUCUACAUUUUCUUGAUAAAAAAAUAAAUAAUCUUACAACUUGCUUGGCCGUACUUCAUACACCCCCCCCCCCCCAUCUUUUCUUGCCUGCCCUUCCCUACUUCUCUAUCCCCCUUUCAUUGUCUUUGUUCAGCUCCUCUCACCCCUCUCUCUCUCCCGUUGCCUGCUUCCCCUCUGCCAGGUGCCCAGAUGACCAUCAUGAGUCAGGCGUGUGCCAAGCGCUGUAACAUCAUGCGCCUGGUGGACCGACGCUGGGCCGGCAUCGCCAAGGGAGUGGGCACUCAGAAGAUCAUUGGCAGAGUCCACUUGGGUGGGUAUCAAUCAUGUCUCGAAGAGAACCACUUUCUUAAGGAUGCACAACAUGGCGUUCCUCUAGAGUAGAGGCACAUGAGAUGUUUUCCUGGUUUUAUCAAAUUUGUCAAAAGCAAAGGUAUCCAAACAUGGUGUGUUUCCCUACCCAGCUCAGGUCCAGAUAGAAGGGGACUUCCUGCCUUGCUCCUUCUCCAUCCUGGAGGACCAGCCUAUGGACAUGCUGCUUGGACUGGACAUGCUCAAGAGACAUCAGGUCAGAUCCCUGUCCCUCCAAAUCUAUGCACACUAACUACCACACAAUGACAUCCUUUUAAAAAGUAGGUCUUUAAAAAAAAUACUAAUUAAUAUCUGUUGACUGUUCUCUCUAUAUCCUGCUACCUCAGUGUUCUAUUGACCUGAAGAAGAACACGCUACUGAUCGGGACGACGGGCACUGAGACCCGCUUCCUGCCCGAGGCGGAGCUGCCAGAGUGUGCCCGACUGGCAUACGGGCCGGAGGGCCGUGAGGACUCCCAGCCAGACGAGAUCGCAGACAGAGAGCUUGCGGAGGCACUUCAGAGAUCUGUUCAGGAGAGUGGUAAGGAACACGGUCUGGGAGAGAGGGCUAUGGAGAUUCCUCACCUCUCUGUCUGCACACUCUAAAGCAGUGGACAUUUUUGCAGCGCAGCAUUGACAUGAGCCAGAAAGCACAUUUGCAUGGGUAUUUUUUAGCUGCUUACUCCUGAGCCCUGUUUCUGCAGUCAUCUGCGUUCUCAGUCACAUAUAUCACUGCAUUUCAUCACCUCAGCCAGUGAAAAUAAGCUUUAUAAUCAGCAGGGUUCUUGCCGUCAUUAAAAUCUUUUGUCAUGGCUUUUUAAAAUGGUGUUUUCCAGGCCUGGAAAAGUUUUGGAAAAUGGUAGAAUCUUAAAAGUUUUUCAUGGAUAUUAAUUUGAUAAUUUCUGUUUUAUGUAAUUUAUUUAGGCACAGUUCUUAAAUAUUUUAUCAAUCAAAUGCAAAUCAACAUAUCAGCCAGGAUCGUCUGUGUUUGCGCGUAUCACCUGCAUGUGUGCGAGACGAGUGUGCCGUUACUCAAGGAGAGGGAGGCAGUCGGACAUUGCAGCAGCAGGUAGGCCUAUGUAGCCUAUAAAAUAUAAUAGAGAACAGACCAAUAACUAGGUGGCCAAUUCAAAACAUAUCUUGUACCCUCAAGUUAACUGUUUAGCUACACUGAACAAAAAUAUAAACACAACAUUCAACAAUUUUAAAGAUUUUAUUGAGUUACCAUUCAUAUAAGGAAAUCAGGCAAUUGAAAUAAAUUCAUUAGGCCCAAAUCUAUGGAUUUGACAUGACUGGGAAUACAGAUAUGCAUCUGUUGGUCACAGAUAAAGGUAGGGGUGUGGUGUGUGAACCAUUUGCCUCAUGCAGCGCGACACCUUUGCAUAGUUGAUCAGGCUGUUGAUUGUGGCCUGUGGAAUGUUGUCCCACUCUUCAAUGGGUGUGCGAAGUUGCUGAAUAUUAGCGGGAACUGGAACACGCUGUCGUACACGUCAGUCCAGAGCAUCCCAAACAUGCUCAAUGGGUGACGUGUCUGGUGUAUAUGCAGGACAUGGAAGAACUGGGACAUUUUCAGCUUCCAAGAAUUGUGUACAGAUCCUUGUGACAUGGGGCCAUGCAUUAUUAUGCUGAAACAUGAGGUGAUGGAGGCGGAUGAAUGGCACGACAAUGGGCCUCAGGAUCUCGUCACGGUAUCUCUGUGCAUUCAAAUUGCCUUCGAUAAAAUGGAAUUGUGUUCGUUGUCUGUAGCUUAUGCCUGCCCAUACCAUAACCCCACCGCCACCAUGGGGCACUCAGUUCACAACGUUGACAUCAGCAAACUGCUCGCCCACACAAUGCCAUACACGCUGUUUACCAUCUGCCCGGUUCAGUUGAAACCGGGAUUCAUCCGAGAAGAGCACACUUCUCCAGCGUGCCAGUGGUCAUUGAAGGUGAGCUUUUGCCCACUGAAGUCAAUUAUGAUGCUUUUUGUGCAUAUGGACAGUUUCUGGGAUCUUUUAUUUCAGCUCAUGAAACAUGGGACCAGCACUUUACAUGUUCUGUUUCUUUUUGUUCAGUAUAGAAAAGGUACAUUUCCUGAAAAUGUGUUUGCUUCCUUCCUUCAGCUGAUUAGCCUACCAUAGCCAUUUGAUCUUUGAUAUAUUGAAUGAGCUAAUUAUUUUAAGUCAUUAAAUGUAUUUAGUUGCAAUGUUAUACAUCAAGGUUGGUCAACUAUCCUCCAGGAGCGCUAAUGAGAGUGCAGGCUUUUAUUCCAGUCCCCCUCUAACAAACCACAUUUUAGAAAUUAGCUGCUUAACUGGACCUUGAUAAACUGGCUCUGAUGUUUGAGCAGGGCUUGAUCAAAAGCCUGCACACCCAGUAGCUCUCCAGACAGAUUUGAUCACGUGUUUUAUACAGUUGCCUAAUGGGUGUUCUACUUUGUGGGGGGGUUAAGUGCCCUGCACAGCGACAGAGAGCAGUCUCCCAGUGUCAAUAACACACUACAUUUGCUUUUUUUAAAAAUUUAUUAGAGACGCUGCCAAUUGUUGGUCAUGGAAAUUUGGUUAGAAAAGUUAUGAAAUUCCAUCUGUCAAUGUGUAUGAACCCUGAAUCAGACUAUGUAUGAAAUUAGUUUAACACCCAGUUUUGGGUUUACAUUAAGGCUAGUUACAGUAGUAUUUAAAAAGUAUUGGAAGUUGCAGUGAUGAGACAAUUGGGGCGAAAAAGGGGGUAAAAAAUCAAAUGGAAAAGUAUUGGAAGUUUGGUUCUGUAAAUGUAUUUGGUUUAAUAGUUCUCUAACUAAGUUCAAAAUACACUGAAGUCCCUCUGCGGCCCAGUUUAGAUCAUGGAGGGUCAUGUGAUCACUCUGGGACCUCUCUGGGGUCAUAGGUCAAAUAAAGUUAUCUUGGCUAACACUCUUCACCACUACGUGAACAGUCUGACAGUGUGGCGCAUGCUUUGUGUGCGAGUGCUAACUCUGCGUCCCUUUGCAUGAUGUGUGGUGUGUGGCCUAACCAUGAGCAGGACAGCACUGAUGCAUUUGGAGAGACAGCUGGAGACGAUCCUACCAACCAGGUACUGCAAACUUAGAGAGAAUCAAUGCUAAGGCCGUCACCUAUAUUAUUAUUAUUAUUAUUAUUAUUAUUAUUGGGGAUUUCGUAGCAAAAUCAGUUUUGCUUAUUGAAAAACCAAUGAUAAAGAUUGUGUGAUAAUAUACAACAUUUUUGUUGAUAAAUAGUCAAUUGUAUUUACCAUGUUUUCCCACUUAUUUUAAAAAGUAGAAGAUGCAAUCACUGAUUUAAGGUCUCUGCAUUUCAUGUUUCAUUUCAGAAGCUGGCAUGGACAAAAACAAUGCAUGUUGUGUGUUUUGGUCCGUAGCAGGUUUCAAUUGUUGCACACUACUGUUUAAUUAUCUUAACUGAUCUCUACCAUCAGAUACUGCAGAUGGACAAACUACCUCACCGGAGUCCCCACCAUUCCCAACGCCCCAACCCCUGAACAACAUGCCCCUGUUCCCUUCCCCCGGCCUUGUCCUGGACCGCUCCCAGUCUGCUCCAGCCUACAUGCGCCAGGCUGGGGCCCUAACACCAGGACAGAGCCAGAGCCAAACAGGGCCUGGCUUCCAGGGUCUCCCCAUCCCUGGACCCUCAACCCAGGCCCAGAACACAGCCCAACAGUCUCCUCUCUCAGCACCAAGCCCUACCAACCCCACCCAACCCCUCCUAUCCACCAUCCCCACUCCACCGGCUCAGGAUCUGUCCACAUGCUCUCCUCCUGCAGACAAGAUGGUGACUGGGACUCCCACCUUGGAAGGUUCAGCCAGUCCGAUCCCUUCAGCCACAGAGAUUGGGCGUGCCUCUGAGAAGGCAGAGAACAGCUCCCUGUUCCCCCACCCAGAGGAAAGCCUUCCCACUCAGCCCAUGGAGCAGGAGGAGGACAUGUCAGACACCAUUACAGAUCACCGGACCUGUCCGAGUAUCCCAAGUCAGCAGAGUGAAGAGGGGGAAGGGGUCUCCCAAUAUCCCCACCAGCCCAUCUCUAAUCCCCCAUCAUUCACCCUAAAACCCUGUCCUUUUGGAUCCACCUCUACAGAGAUGGAGUCUCCCCAUGCCUCCUCCCAGAACACUGUGCCAUCAGAGAGGGACCAGCCAGAGGGGAAGCGCUGUUCCUACUCAGACCAGAUCCCAUCUCUGGCCCAGGCCCUGCUGGAGCUCCAUGAGCUGCUGGUGUCUAACAGCAGUGGCCUGUCCCCUCAGGACGGCAGUGCCUCCUCCUCCCCCUCACACAGACAGAACGCUGACGGACUGGACGACAACUACAACCCCACCGCAGAGCCCCGACUCCUUACACCUGAAAACACCACCCAACCCUCCCCCUCUACUGCCAUUACAGCUGAUGCAGAACCAUGCAAUGCCAAAGCCAACCAUGCUGCUGCUGUGUCUGACAGAGGGCCUCCUCCUGACUGUGUCCUGCCAGGCUCCUCUGACCAGGAGCAGAGCCUGGAGACCAGGAACGGGACCCAGGCUGAACCAGGAGAGGGACAGAGGGAGCCAGAACCACAGUGUCCAAACAGCUCCUGGGGGGAAAGGAGGGCAGACUGGUAUGGGCUAGAUACCAGUAAAAGCAAAGGGACUGUAUCUGAGGCCAAAGGCCCCUCUCCCUCUUCACUCCAAGCAGACCUGGCGUUCAGGGAGCCCCCUGAGGGGCAGCAGGGGAGGGGUGUGGCAGACGGGAGAGCCUCUGGCAAUGACAACCCAAGCACUCUCGGCCUCCAACCUGAGACAACACAGCAGAGCCCCCUGUCCAUGGCUGUGGGCUCACCUGGGGAGGACGCUGGCGUUUCGCCCCGCACUUCACCUCUUCCUCAGGCCCCGGACCACCACCACCACCAUCCCUCCUCUCCAGCCCCUCUCUUCUCUGCUCCACGUCUCUUUACCGAUGAUCACAUCCAAAGGAUCCAGGCAGCUGGCUUCUCUGCCAGGGAGGCUGCUGAGGCACUGGAACAGGCCCAGGGCAGUGUGGAGCUGGCUCUGCUGGCACUACUGGCCCGCAAGAUCACUGUGCCCACCUAG